AUGAGCGGCGGCUCAACCGUCCAACGCAUCGAUGCCCUCGAUGCCUUCGCUCGAACCCUCUAUCUUCGCGCCAAACAAUCAGGUCUUCCAUUUACUGAAGUCGCGACUGCGGUUAGAAAUCUACAUAUAGCCCUGCGACAUCUGCGUAUCGAAGCAGCCGACCAAGAUUCUGUUCUCAGCACUUUCAAAACCUCGUCCUCGUCCUCGUCCUCGUCCUCGUCCUCGUCCUCGUCCUCGUCCUCGUCCUCGUCCGUCUACAGUCGCCAGCUCGAGCCUCUCGUCGAUGACUGUGAAUUCACCCUUGGUCAACUUGAGCGUCAUCUAGAUAAGUAUGGCGAUGGCCGCGCUGUUAUGACAGAAGAUGAGCGCCAGCGCGACCAGGAACUCUCCAUCAUCAAGCAUAAACUGGUUGGGGACAAGACCAGUGUAGAGAUGUUUCUCGACGCCGUUCAGCUGCAUGCCGAGAACAGACCCGCAAGGGUUGUCGAAGGCCAAGAGGGACUUGAGAAAAUCAAGGAUGUGGUUGACGAAAUCGCCACUAAACUAUUCCGAAACCGCAACGAGGGCAGUUUUACUGAAGACGAGGAUGGUCUCUGGCGUGAGUUCAAGAUCGAGCUCGAAGCUCAAGGGUUCUCCCCCCAAGUGCUACGCAAACACAAAGAUGUUCUACGAGCAUACGUUCGCGAGCUCGAGUCCGUUCAGAACCAGUACGGUGGUAACUAUCCCACCGUGAGAGGUCUCUUGGAGCAUGAAGCAAGAUCACAGCCCACCUCGCCCCAAGAGCUCGACAGUAGUCCUUACAGAAAAUACCCACCCGUUAUUAUCACUGGUGGGCGAGGGCGGUCAAACAGCGACACCGCGCGAGAGCCUAUUUCAUCGUCCCCAAGAGAUGGAGACAAUGAAUCUGACUACUCCAUGGCAAUGGUGUCGACCCAGGAUCUCCUCGCCAUGGAUAACUUCAACACGCGAAUGGCAAAUCUGACUGUCCAGGGCAACGACCAGUACAGUUUGUCUCCUGGACAUAGACAGAUGCCACCAAACAGUUUGCCAGAUGUUCCAGAGUUAUCGAGUUCCCCAAUCACACGCCACAUUGAGUCGUCUCCACGCUCCAUGCCCCCUAUGCCUCAUUCUAUCAGUAGCAGGCCCCCCUCUUACGGGAGCAGUCCCCGGAGCAGCGCUCCUCGGCUUGCACCUGAUCGAUGGGGUAAUGAGAUUCCUCCUGAUGCUCAGUGGACCAGAAUUAGACGGGAGCUAGUUAGCCCCGAAGUCCUUGAACGAGCUGGCGUGCGCUAUGAAGCUCGCCCAGACUACGUUGCAAUCUUGGGCCGUUUGACUCGAGAACAAGUGUCUGAGUUCGCCCGUGAAAGCGCUGCCUGUCGAGCUGCUCGUUCAAGACGUGGUCCUCCGCCUCGCAAGCACGACCACCACUCUGAGCGGCGCGAUUCGAAGAGUAGCCGGGAAGACGAUGAUGAUGAUAGCGGAGUGUUUGACGAGACCGAUACCUCAGACGAUGAGGAAGACAAGUCGUAUGAGAAAGGAACCAAGAGUUAUCCGUAUAUCGUCAAUCCUCCCACAAAGAACCCGACAUCUCCUUCGAGCACAACAAUGCCGAAGCCAAUUCUCAAGAACAAAAACGAAAACCACGUGCGCUUCGACCCAGAGCCGUACGAGGUUGACGCCCGAAGUCUCCGAUCAUACAGGGAUGAUCGCCAUCGUGAUCGUGAUCAUGAUCAUCAUCGUGAGCGCCGGCGACAGAGCCCUACCAGAUCAUCGCGACGUUCGCGAAGAUACUCUGAUAGUGCAGAUCGCCACUCACGAAGCGAUAGACACGGCGACUAUUACUACGACAGCGGAAAGCGGUACCAUCGCGAGAGAGAUCGUGAUCGUGAUCGUGACCGCGACCGUGAGCGGGAUCGUGACAGAGAUCGCGAUAGGAGAAGCACCAGGAGGGAAGAUCGCCCUCAAGGAAAAAAGAAAUGGGGUGAAGCUCUUGGCGCUGUUGGCAUUGGCGGUGCAGCAGUGAGCCUUUUGAGCGUCCUCGCUGAAGCAGCAUCUUGA